AUCGUUAUCUUUGCUACAGAUUAGGUCUUUUGUGCUUGAUUGGUGCUAAGUCAUUUCUUUUCUUUUUAGAUUAUAAUAAUUACCUAUUGCAGAAAGCGGCAAACUAGUUUGACCGAGUCAAGAGGCAGUGAUUCUCUGAUUACUGACGUCUACAGAAUAAUGGAGGAAUAUGGAGUUGCUUAUAGAUAUUUUGAUUCUAUUCAUAUUGAAACUUGUGACAUCAAAGAUGCAAUUCGUAGCUAGAGUUUUCCUUAUUUAAGAAGAUGUGCAUUAUUGCGGAAACUAAUUCGUUCUUCUAUAUCAGAACCAUUUAGUGACGGGAAUAAAGUUUUAGAUGGAUUACCAUAUUCCAUGGCUGAAACAAUGGAAUGUGGUGAAAAAAUUGCAGAUGAGUUCACUGAGAUUGAAAAAUUGGAAAAGUUAUUUAAGAUUACCCAACUUGAUGAUGUUAUUAAUGAUAACAUAUUACAUUUUGUGGUUCCAAGAUGGUUGCAUCGUUUCUCCAAGCAGUUUGACGCUCAUAGUCUAAAGAGUGUUUUGUAUUCUACCCCUGUUGUCCCAUUUAAACUGAUGCUUUUGCCUCAUAUUUGCCAGGACCUCUUACAGAGGUAUAUUAAACAGCACUGUCCAGACUGUGGAGUUGUACAGGAGGAGCCUGCAUUGUGCUUGCUGCGUGGUAAACUGUGCUCUCCGAAUUGGAAGUCAUGUUGCGGGGAAAGUGGGUGCUAAACACAUGCAAUGAUUUGUGGAGCGGGUACUGGGGUGUUCUUAUUAGUCAGAGUAAGUGUUAUUUCCUUUUUGUCUUGUUUCUUUGUCUUGAUCUUUCUGAUGCAAUAUGCCGUCUUUUAGGGCAAGUAGAAUGACUUUAUGAUUGUCCUUUCAUGACAGAAAACCACAAUAUUACUUCAAAAAUCCGCUCAUCAGGCAUUAUGGCCUUCCCCAUACUUGGACGCAUUUGGUGAAGAGGUAAGUCAGUGGUUUAGCUAUCCUUGCAGUGUAAAAGGACUUGGAUUGCACACGGUUAGUGUUUAGUUAACAUCAAUCUUUUUUUCUUCAUAUACAUUCUUAAAAAUAUGGAGGAAGGAAGAAAAUAGACCGUCUCACCCAAGGAGAAACCACUGAAAGUCUCAAGAAAGUCCUCCCAAAUUGGAGUCAAUUCAGUAAGGCACCAAAGUUAUUUUCCGUGCUUUUCUCCACAAACUGAAGAAAGUAGAGUUGGAACUCUGGUCAUAAAUGGUCGCCUCUUUGUAGUCAUCUGCUGACAAGUCACUUUUCAUAUUGACCAAAAGGAUGUUUCCCAUCACCAUCCCUUUUUCUUCCGUCUUUCUUUCGCAAUGCCAAACUCUCUCUCUUAUAUAACUAACCUGACAUCCAUCUUCUUCUGCUGCUUCUCUGUGUUGCCGCCAGUGAAUAUAUCAACUUUGGUUUGGGGGUAUGGAUCCAGCUCAUAGCAGAAGAAAGACUUUACUUCAAACGUUGGUAGCAAUAUCUUCUUUUCACUCGAAGAUUUGGAACAGCUAUUUGUUGUUCUAUUCCUUUAUUUCAUCUUCCAUCUUUUUCUUUUUGGGGCUAUGUUGGAGCUUAGAUUUAUGUGGUGAAGAACGGGAAAAGUGAUUUUUUUAUAAGAUGAUGAUAGGAUACUCUCCGGCCACUCCAAAGAAGUACGAAGUUUCUAAAAUCCUGGGGAAAAACUAACAUGAAUUUGAAACGUGGUAUUUGUGUAUAAUUGAUAUAUAUAAUGUUCUAAUUGAGCA